AUGGCUCACCUCGCACACGCCGAUGAGCGCUGGGACAUUUACUACCACCAGUACCUCCUCCACUCGUCAAUGCACAGAGAGUGCAUCUGGAUGAACGGCACAUGGUGGUUCCCCGACGUCGGCCGGCGCAACGACACGAUGCACCUGUUCCUCGCGUCUCGAAAUGGCCAGGGCGGCGUUAUCGAAGACAUGAAGGCAAGUACGGCCGGUUGGCGGCGCUACUACGACUUCUAUCUCCCCAACGGCCAGCGUAUCGAAGACAUGUGCUGGCGUUAUGUCGGUACCGACAAACCCGAGCUCGAGUGGCUAGAGGACUACAUUGCGUCUUCCGGGGCGUGGCCUGGAGAAGACCGAGAAGGUUCAGAGGUCUAG